UCCGAGUCAGCUAUCGGCUACUUAUGUCUAGCACCUCAGUUAGCUGACCGAUCAGUGACAACGGAUCGCGCGCCGAGCACAGUUCAAAUUGGAAAGCACGCAAAGUAACUUUUCUCGGGAAAUCAAAAUAUUCUAAGAUCAACUACUUACAGCAAUAUCAAGCAACAUUAUGAAUUAAAAAAAAUAAAAACUUAACACUUGUUUAUAUUCUCUGGGCUAGUGGGUCAACAUGUCUCGGUUAUACUAUUGCUGCCUGAUCUGUCUAGGCUUGCAUGCAAAUCUGAUACUCGCCGAUAUUCUCAAGUACGACCCAGUUAUUAUAGAAGAUGCGCACCUGCGAACGCCUGGACUUAUCAGAAAGUAUGGCUAUCAGUUUGAAGAGCACAAAAUUGAUACCAAGGAUGGUUUUCGAUUGACGGCACAUCGCAUACCCAAGCCAGGUGCACAGCCUGUGCUGCUGGUGCAUGCACUGGAGGAUAGCUCUUCGGCCUGGAUCUUGAUGGGACCAGGUCGGGGCCUGGGCUUCCUGCUCAGUGAUCGAGGCUACGAUGUCUGGAUGCUCAACACCAGGGGCAAUCGCUAUUCACGCAAGCAUCGCAAAUACCAUCCGCUGCACCGCCAGUUCUGGGACUUUUCGUUCCAUGAGCUGGGCAUUUAUGAUCUGCCCGCGAGCAUUGACUAUGUGCUAGCCAAGAGUAAGGGCUACGAGCAGCUACACUAUGUGGGCCACUCGCAGGGCACCACCUCCUUCUUUGUGCUGGGCGCCGAGCGACCCACCUAUAUGAAAAAGAUCAAACUGAUGCAGGCACUCGCGCCCGUGGCCUAUUUCAAUAAUGUGCAGCAGCCACUGCUCAGGGCUAUGGCUCCCUAUCUAUCCGACAUUGUGCGCUUGUCUCAGAUCUUUGGAAUCUAUGAAUUUCCACCGGAGAGGGAAGUGUUGCGCGAAUUAAACUAUAAACUCUGCAGUUUUUUUUUUCAAAACACAUGCACCUAUUUUUUAAUGCAAAUAAUAGGCGUGGAUUUCGAGCAGCUAAAUAGAACACUCGUGCCAAUACUGGUGGGACACUAUCCGGCUGGCUCAUCCGUCAAGUCAUUCGCCCAUUAUUUUCAGCAGGUUAAGAACGGUGGCUUAAUCGGGUAUGACUAUGAGAAUCCCUAUAUAAAUCAAAGACACUACGGCAGCGUCAAGCCACCAGCGUACAAGUUGGCCAACAUUAACUGCAAAGUGGCCCUGUAUUAUGGCCAAAACGACUUCCUAACGGCUGUCAAGGAUGUGCAGCAUUUGCGCGAUGAGCUGCCAAAUGUCGUUCAUGAUGAGAAAUUGGCCUACAAGAAAUUUAAUCAUCUCGACUUUAUAUUUGCGAAUGAUGUCAAAGAGUUGCUCUACGACAGCAUGUUCCAGGUAAUGGCAAGGGUCGACAAGGGGGAGCUUUAGUUCAAAAGUUGAAUAUAUUCAUCAAUAUAGUUCUAA